GCUUACGUAAAUCCUCAUAAACAAUUCAUGUUUAUCUCUUGUUUGUUCAGUAGGUUUCGUUUUGGCACACGACACAAAUUGUAGAGUAGAUGGUCAAUCCAAGACAAUUGCAUCUUAGCAGGAUGCAGCACCACUUGCUAUUAAAAACCAGAGCUACACGGAGUAGAGUAGGGUGUCUUUGUACACAACAGAAAGGCAUGAUACCAUUGAGGUAGAAGGAUAGAAGGCUGGGCGAGAGGUGGGAGGGAGCACCGGAGCCAUGGAAGAAGGGCGGGACGGCGGGGAGGCGAGGUACGAGAGUUCAGAGGAUGGAAGCGCUAGCGGCAACGACAUGAUCUCCGUCCAGUUCAUGCAGAAGAUCGUUGCAGAGAUUUUGGGGACCUACUUCAUGAUCUUCGCGGGUUGCGGCUCCGUGGUGGUGAACCUGAGCACCAAGGGCACGGUGACGUUCCCGGGCAUCUGCGCCGUGUGGGGGCUCGUCGUGAUGGUCCUGGUCUACUCCGUCGGCCACAUCUCCGGCGCGCACUUCAACCCCGCCGUGACCAUCGCCUUCGCCACGUGUGGACGCUUCCCCUGGAAGCAGGUGCCGUCGUAUGCGGUGGCUCAGGUGCUGGGAUCCACCCUGGCCAGCCUGACGCUGCGCGUGGUGUUCGGGGGCGCCACGGCGCACGAGCACUUCUUCGGGACGGCGCCGUCGGGGUCGGACGCGCAGGCGGUGGCGCUGGAGUUCGUCAUCUCCUUCUACCUCAUGUUCGUCGUCUCCGGGGUCGCCACGGACAACAGAGCUAUUGGUGAGCUGGCAGGCCUUGCCGUCGGUGCCACCGUCCUGCUCAACGUGCUCUUCGCCGGGCCCAUAACGGGGGCGUCGAUGAACCCAGCGCGGAGCCUGGGCCCGGCGAUCGUGGCCGGCCGGUACAAAGGCAUCUGGGUGUACAUGAUUGGGCCGGUUUGCGGUACGGUGGCGGGCGCGUGGGCCUACAACCUCGUCCGCUUCACCGACAAGCCGCUCCGGGAGAUCACCAAGAGCGGCUCCUUCCUCAGGAGCGCUCGCAUCAGCAGCUAGCUCGGCUCCCUGUCGUCGGCCGGCCUCCACAACCUAUUUUUACAAAUCUGUUCUUGCUUUUAUAUAUAUAUAUAUAAUUAUGCAUGUUUAACUAAGAAAAACUUUGUUCAAUUAUUUACUUGUGAAAAACUUCAUGUCAUGUGUUAAUAGGCAGCUAGCUAGCUGCAGUACAUACACCAGCAGCUAGCGUCGUAUAUUCCUCUAUUCUUUUUUCCUCCGUGAUUACCGUGUACAGGUUUACGCGCGUACGCAUGCAUGUGCGGCAACAUGGAGCACCAGCCUAGCUCCAUGCAAUACAGCUCAAGACCACUAGUUA